AUGCCUUUGUCCAAGCGCAUUGAUCAAGCACAACUUGAAGCAUUCAAGAGAAAAGUUCAAUCGUCAAUGUCCUGGGAGGAGCUUCAGAAGGUGAUUGAGAGUCCUGAUUGGGUCUAUCACAUGUCUUGGGACGAUGCUGGUGCGUACGAGCCUGUUCCCACUGUGCUGUGGGAUAGGUCGAACAUUCAAAACACUGAGGCAACAGAAGCCGAGCGACAGACAAAAUAUGAACUGAUAGACGAGUACAUGAUGACAAGCAGUGACCUCGAUGAUGCUUCGAACCACGUUUCGAGGCUAAUGCCUAGUUCCAGGAGCAGUUCCCAAGAUGUCAAGGAACCAGAAACCUUGACUAUUGACGACUGCUCAUCCGCGCCACUUCUACUAGGACUAUCGCAAGACAUGAUGUCUAAUGCUAGCGAUAGGACAUGUAUCAGUAUCGAGAGCUACGGAACACUGGACUAUGUUUGCGUGGAUAGUGACAUCCAUAUUUUUGAGGAAAAGACCAAGGAACACAACAACUACGAAGAUGUUACAAUGUUCGAUUUCGAUUGUCCAGCUGAACAUUGCGAACCUGAAGAAACGAGAAGAGGACGAUCAACGACCCGCAACCUCAAACGCAAACUCAACACGCGAUGUUUCGAUCGCCCUCGGAGAGUCCAGCAGUCCGAAUCCUGCAAACGUGGAAGGGGUCGAGUCGUAAGUUCACGUUUUGCUCAUUGA